AUGUCAAUGCAACAUCAGCCUCCAGCCUCUAGCAGCGCCUGCAUAAUAGAACACAUGGCUGUUGUCCUGGAAGCUGCCUGCACAUCGACAAGUUGCGGAGCUUGGGGCUUCGAUGUGGUCUGUGAUUGUCGUGGCUUUCAGCUCUCGAAGAAUUUGGACCCGCGGCCAGCGGUCGCGGCGAUGGAGAUGCUGAAGCAUGCCUACCGCGGACGGCUCCGUCACGCCUUUCUAGUGGGUGCUCCCUCGGCCUUCAAUGCCUUGUGGCGAAUGGUCAAGGGGUUGCUGCCAAAGCGGACCCAGGAGAAAAUCCAGUUCAUCUCUGUCAAGGAGGCGACUUGCGCGCUGGAGAAGUGCUGCGGCAACGGAGCGAGCGUUGUUUUGCAGCUGCUGUAUGAUUCCAAGGACAAAGCAUCAUGGAAGCUUCCCAGUGAGCUGGCCGAGUGA